AUGGCCCUCUGUUGCUGCCCACCUUGCUGUGAGCCAUGCUGCUGCAAGACCACCUGCUGCAAGACCACCUGCUGCCAGCCUUGCUGCUGUGAAUACAGCUGCCCUGAGUCCCUCUGCUGCCAGCCUUGCUGUCUCCCAUGUUGCUGCAGCAUACUCUGCUGCAAGACCUGCUGCUGCGAGCCCUGCUGCUGUGUGCCCAGCUGCUGCCAGCCCUGCUGCUGUGUGCCUGCCUGCUGCCAGCCCUGCUGCUGUGUGCCUGCCUGCUGCCAGCCCUGCUGCUGUGUGCCUGCCUGCUGCCAGCCCUGCUGCUGUGUGCCUGUCUGCUGCGAGCCCUGCUGCUGUGUGCCUGCCUGCUGCCAGCCCUGCUGCUUAAAGCUUUGCUUGUGUGUGCCCACCUGCUGUGAAAGCACCUGCUGCAAGACCACCUGUUGCAAGCCAACCUGUGUGACCAUCUGCUGCGUGCCCACCUGCUGCCAACCCUGCUGCUGCCAGCCCUGCUCCUGCCAACCCUGCUGCUGCGUGCCCACCUGCUGCCAGCCCUGCUGCUGUGUGCCCAGCUGCUGCAAGGACACCUGUUGCAAACCAACCUGUGUGACCAUCAGCUGCAGCACACCUUGCUGCCAACCCUGCUGCUGCUGA